UUCUUUCGUAAAAAAAAAGAAGUAAAAUUUCUUCACUGUGAUGAGCAGAAAGCUAAACUAACUAAACAUAAUGCAGUCUAACAUUUUGAGUCGUAUUUCGUAUACCAUUAAGCCAGCUGUGCAGGGAUGCAAGCGGAGCACUGCAGUUCUUAACGUCCUGCAACACCGAACAUAUUCCAGUGGUGAAGAGGCAGAUCUAAUAGUUAUUGGAUCCGGGCCUGGUGGCUAUGUAGCGGCUAUCAAAGCGGCGCAGUUGGGGAUGAAAACGGUGUGUGUGGAGAAGAGCGACACCUGUGGGGGGACGUGCCUCAAUGUGGGCUGCAUCCCCUCCAAAGCCCUCCUCAACAACUCCCACUACUACCACAUGGCGCACAGCGGGGACCUGAACAACCGAGGGGUCGAAGUUUCGUCAGUCAAGUUGAACUUGGAUGUGAUGAUGGGUGCCAAAUCAACUGCAGUGAAAGCCCUUACUGGUGGAAUUGUUCACUUAUUCAAACAAAACAAGGUGACUCUGGUCAAAGGCCAUGGGAAGAUCACCGGACCGAACGAGGUGACUGCGACGAAGGAAGACGGGUCGAGCGAAGUUGUCAAAGCAAAAAACAUACUUAUAGCCACGGGCUCAGAAGUCACGCCUUUUCCUGGGAUUGAGGUUGAUGAGGAGACUGUGGUGUCUUCGACCGGUGCGUUGGCUCUCAAGGCUGUCCCCAAGAAGAUGGUGGUUAUCGGAGCUGGAGUGAUCGGUCUGGAGCUGGGGUCGGUGUGGAGCCGACUGGGCGCGGAGGUGACCGCCGUGGAGUUCAUGACCUCCAUAGGGGGCGUGGGCAUCGACCAGGAGGUGUCCAAGGCCUUCCAGCGGGUGUUGGUCAAGCAGGGCCUGCAGUUCAAGCUGGGCACCAAGGUGACGUCCGCAGCCCGCGAGGGCGGCAACAUCCGCGUCGCCGUCGAGAACGUCAAGGACCCCGGCAAGAAGGAGGAGGUUCAGCCCAGCCCAUCGUCAUUUUCUCAGUUGAUCAGCGCGUUAUUACCCUUCUCCAAGUCCGGGCCAAGCGAAGCACAGAAUUAUCUGGACUGUGACGUGCUCUUGGUGUGCGUGGGCAGGCGGCCCUACACGCAGAACCUCGGCCUGGAGGAGAUCGGCAUCGAGCGGGACGAGAAGGGCCGCAUCCCGGUCAACUCCCGCUUCCAGACCGUCAUUCCCAACAUCUUCGCCAUCGGGGACUGCAUCCACGGACCGAUGCUGGCCCACAAGGCGGAGGAUGAGGGCAUAGUGUGCGUGGAGGGCAUUGCUGGCGGCCCCGUCCACAUAGACUACAACUGCGUUCCCUCCGUCAUCUACACCCACCCGGAGGUGGCCUGGGUUGGUCGCACCGAGGAGGAUCUCAAGAGCGAGGGUGUUGAAUACAAAGUCGGGAAGUUUCCUUUCGCAGCCAACAGCAGAGCGAAAACCAACAACGAGACUGACGGCUUUGUCAAGAUCCUGGGGGAUAAGGUGACAGACAGAAUCCUUGGGGCACACAUCAUUGGACCAGGCGCGGGGGAGCUGAUUGCAGAGGCGUGCCUGGCGAUGGAGUACGGAGCCUCGUGCGAGGAUGUGGCGCGAGUCUGCCACGCCCACCCGACUUGUUCGGAGGCCUUCAGGGAAGCCAACCUUAGUGCAUUUUUUGGCAAAGCAGUCAACUUUUAACAAUUGAACUGUUUGUUUUUGCACCUCAAGUUACAUUUGUCCUCACUUCUGGUUUAUGUGCUCGUUUUGCUUUUUCGUCCAAUUCUCGUAAAGAGUGAUAGCCAUUUCCCAGCAAGCAAGGAACAAAUUUUGUUUCCUGUAAAUAAGUGAAAAAUAAAACUAAAGUUUUUGCUUGUAUAAUAAAUUUUACAUCAUAUGUCUUAGGUGAUAAGAAAAUAUACUUUAAGAAAACUGUUUAGUGUCCCAAGACUAGCCACAUUCUGAUAACUUAUUGUAAAUAAAUUGUUACUUUUUAACUGUAGUUUUUAUUAUUGUGUUAGUAUUAGUUCACGUGCAUAUAAUUUUUUUGUCAAAUCACUACCAUUAUUUUGUAAACAUUUAGGUGGUACCAAAAUGAUAUUAAACAUAUUGUUGGGAGAAGAAA